UUGUGCUGUUUACGAGCCACAUUGUCUGUCACAUGUCGGGCUGAGCUGUGGCUUCACCGGGAAACGAUACUAGCGGGUUACAUUCGUUCACGUGAUUGUACGUUAAUGCACGUCAUCAAACCGUUGUCUCUUGUUUGUUGCCUGUUUGAGUUGAGCUGUCAGUUUAGUAAAUAAAAAAAGAACCAAAAGAAUAAAAAACGAACAAAGCUAAAUCAACAGAGAGACACCCACAACAUUCGCUCUCAUAUAUUUAGAAUAGCCUACUGUUCGAGCUAUUUGUUUGAGCAAUUUGUGGAUAACAACAAUCAACGGAACAUGGCUGGUGUGAUGGCAGAUUUUGGUAACUUCACUCACGCCGUUGUUCGAGCUAUCCCCUCUUCCCUUGCUAAAGAGGCACUGAGGAUGAACGUUUCGGACGUGGACCUGGAGAAAGCUCAGAGAGAACAUGAGGUAUACGUCGGGGUUCUGAAGCAGAAACUCGGGCUGGAGGUGAUUGAACUCCCCGCCGACGAGUCUCUCCCGGACUGUGUGUUCGUGGAGGAUGCUGCUGUGGUUUGCGGUGACACGGCUCUGAUCACCAGACCCGGGGCAGAGAGCAGAAGGAAAGAGACAGCGGCCAUACGGCAGAUCCUGAAGGAGCUGGGCCUGAACAUCGUUGACAUGUCUGAUGAGAACGCCACUCUGGACGGAGGGGACGUCCUCUUUACAGGUAGAGAAUUCUUCGUGGGCCUUUCCAAACGGACCAAUCAGAGAGGAGCUGAGAUCCUGGCGGACGCGUUCAAGGACUACGCUGUGUCCACCGUCCCUGUCACUGAUGGUCUACACCUGAAGAGCUUCUGCAGCAUGGGAGGACCAGGCCUCAUCGUGAUUGGCUCCAGCGAACCAGCCCAGAAAGCCCUGAAGAUCAUGCAGCAGAUGAGUGACCAUCGUUAUGACAAGCUGACAGUGCCUGAUGACAUUGCAGCCAACACCAUCUACAUGAACCUCCCUGGCAAAGGUCAUGUGCUGUUACACUGCACCCCAGAGGAGUUCCCAGAGAGUGCCAAGGUGUUUGAGAAGCUGAAGGACCACAUGUUGAUCCCAGUUUCCAACAUGGAGAAGGUGAAGGUGGAUGGAGCCCUCACCUGCUGCUCUGUUCUCAUCAACAUGAAAGCCAAAGUCUGAUCUGAACAUGCUCUGUUGGGGGUCUCUCAGGCAGACCUGGGUUCAAAUACUAGUUGAAAUCGUUCACAUACUUUGAUGUGCCAGGUUUGCCAGUUUUGGACUAUAGUAUUGGGCCAUUAAUACGCCAGGCAAACUCAAUCAAGCACAGACAAAGUAUUUGACUUGAUUUCGAAUAGUAUUUUAACCCAGGUCUUCUAUCAGGGCAGGGUCGGCCCACUGCUGCCACCUUGCCCGGUUGAGAACCCCAACUACCUAGCCUGGGUGCAAGUCUGUUUCUGGCCAGUCUGUUUCUGCUGUCAUGCCCCCGAAAACAAAUUGGCAUCAAGGUUACCAACCCCCCUCCACCUUCUGAAAGUGCUCAUGUGUCAAUCAAUCCCUCUGCUUACUGGUCAAUGUUUACAACCCUUUAAAAACAACCACUUCUACUAUAACACAGGAGAGGUAAAAAGGUUACCUGUUUCAUAGAGUGGUUUGAAGGUGGGGCUACAUAAUGUUACGGUAUAGUUAGUACAGUAUAUGCAUAGUGCAGUAGCCAGUUUAUAAAGAAUAUAAAACACAAAUAUAUUUACAUUCAACUGCUGAUUACUCUAUACAUAUUUGUAAUUAUUUAUUUUUAAAUUCAAUUCAUCAUGAUUCAUGCCACAUAACAAGUAUACGUUUUUAUUGAGGGGGAGAAAGGAAUGAAAUCAAAUCUACCUAGUUAUGUUCAAUUCCAUGGUAACGGAAUUACGCUGAGACUCUGAUUUUUCACUUUUAAAAUGUAUAUCAAACAAAAAACUGACUGAAAAGUGUAAUGAACCACAUAACCCUAUACACAAGGACUACUUUUAACAAUUUACACAAAAAAUCUUACAAAAACAUAUUUACAAGUUAAACUGUAGAUACCGAUCGGUAUCGAACCAGGAUGUGUCACAGCCGGCCGCGACCGGGAGACCCAUGAGGCGGUGCACAAUUGGCCCAGCGUCGUCUGGGUUAGCUGAAGUGUUUGGCCGACUGGGUUGUCCUUGUCCCAUCGUGCUCUAGCGACUCCUGUGGAAGACCACGCUUAAUGCACGCUGACACGGUCGCCAGGUGUACGGUGUUUUCUCUGACACAUUGGUGCGGCUGGCUUCCGGGUUAUGUGAGCAUUGGGUUAAGGAGCAGUGCGGCUUGGCAGGGUCGUCUUUCAGGAAGGACGCACGGCUCUCGACCUUCACCUUACCCCUUUUUCUCCCCAAGUUUGUGAUAUUCAAAAAUGUAUAAAAUAAAAUCUGUGCUGGUACAAAGUUUAGUAACCGUAAUGCUGUCCCCAAACUUUGCAUACGGAUAGUUUUUCAAGGUAAAUGUUUACUUUUUUACUGUGUAAAUUGUUCAAAGUAGUCAUUGUGCAUAGAGUUGCAUGGUUUGUUGAACUUUGAAAUCCAUGGUUUUUAUUUGGCAUACAUUUUAAAGUGACAAAUCGGAGUCUCAGUGUAAUCCCCUAACUGUGGAAUUGCCCUUAUCUUAAUCAUAUAUAAAUAGUGAGCUUGUUCUCUCUGUCUGCCAUGGAGACCUGAGUUAUCUUACUUUACAUCAUUGUUGAUUGAAAAUGUAUUAUUAUUGAUUAUUGGACAUGAAUGUUGAUUGAUCCCUAGCGGUGGGGGGGGGGGGGGGGGGUGCUAGUUAUUCCACCUGGCUGAUCAAGGGGUUAUUUCUGUGAUUCUGAAAUUAACUACAAAAUUCCCCUGAAAAUAAACUGUCAAAGGAUGCAAAGUAAAAGUGAAUUUCCUUCCCUGUCUUAAACUAAGCUGUGCCCACUUUAUAAAAGACUGAGCACACUGUGUGACGUAUGUUUAAUUAUGACCAAUUGGCUUGUCAUUACUCAUGAUAUACUCUCAUAACUUUUAACAUGCCUCAAUCUGCUGUGUGCCUCCAUCGAAAACCAAGUGGCUUAAAUAACUACUGCUCUAUACUCUAGUCAAGAAGCCUUUAUAGCAGAUUUCAAUGGUUUUUGUUGAGUUUUUUAAGCCCAUUGUCACUGUGUUGAUUACUGAUACUGACCCUGGUACUUCCUUCCUGUUAUGCUCUUUCUGUAUGAGAGCAUGUUGGGAAAUCAACAUGAGACUGUUCCUCCAGCUGGAGAGAUGAUACACACUUAGUAGGGUCUCGCCACUAACCACCUCUAAUCUAUCCUGCUGUGUUUACAUUGCAAAGAUAGCCUUUAGUAAGAUCUUUGAAGUCUGUUGACGACAUAGAAAUACAUGUAUAAAUACUAAAACGGGAUCUCCCAUUCAAGUCAAUGGACCGUGAUCGUUGGACUGGUGGACAUAUGGAGUCUACAUAUGAGGGUGCAGACUUUUUCACCAUUCUAGUAAUUCUAUUUCUAUGGUUAAGGAGCUCUUCCCAACGGCCUCAUCAGAUAUGAGCGUAUACAUCUCCAGCAGAGGUUUAUGAACAUACAGAUGCCUACCAGCAUCUACAACCAAAGUCUAUUGCAGAGUGUGGCAGAUGAUGCUGAGCAAGAACCUGAAAAUGUUUGCUUUCGUUUGACACUUUUUCUUUCUUAAUAAUCUGAUGCAGAUGAAAACUAUUUCAUCAAAGGAAGUGACGUCUUGCAGUAAGGAGCACAGCUAGAGACUCUCAGCUUGACGUCCAGUGCUCUGGCCUGGAGUGAUGUAUAGCCUAGUCUGUGGCCGUUCAGGAAUGGGCGAGCAGAAUCAUUGUGAUGAAACAUGGAAAGAAUUCAUUUUGGAAGAGAGGCUUGUAAGCCUGUAAAUACUCACUCUCUCUUAAAAUGUUCUCUCUAUAAUUCUCUCCACCUCUUUAUGUAUAUGUAUAUAUCUGUAUGUAUACAUGAUCCCUUUCCCUGCUAUUGCCUCAUACAAAUUUCUGGGGUAAUUUAUGACAAUGAUAUCAUACAGUCUGGCAAAAGGGCGCAAUGGCCUGCAGUUAAAAAACAUAAUUUGUGACACUAGCAGUAUACUUUACAGGAGGCCCUUGGCAGGUCCACUGAUGAUACCAUAGUUGCUGUGUAUCCAGCACAGGCCAGAGCUGACGCAGUCAGUGGCUGUUUACAUCCCAAAUUGCACCCUAUUCCCUACAUAGUGCAAUGCUUUUGACCAGAGCCCUAUAGACCCUUUUCAAAAGUAGUGCAUUAUAUAGGGAAUAUGGUGCAAUUUGGUAUGUACAAUUUUUAUGGAGGCCAAAGCACCUGCAGCAGUUGUAGCCUACUGCUGAAAGUUAGAAUAAUCACAAUAUCCCACCAAUCACACUGGCUGUUGCUUGUGAUAAUCUGAAUUUUAAAUCAAGUCCCCAAAAUACAAAUCUAUUCAAUCUUCCUUCAAUUUGAAUAUGUUUUUCUUGAUCUAUCAUUUUUUCUAUUGGUGGUGACAACUUUUAUUACUGAUAAAUGUACUGCUCCAACUGCCAGCAACAUAAUGUGCUGUUCCACAUGAGAAAGUGUUCCACUGGUAGCCUAGGUUCAAUUCCUCAUAAACUACAAUAACAUUUUAAGAUGGACCUUUUGAGUGACCCUGUGUAUCCCAUAGAAGUGCUGUGAAUUGUCCAUUUUGUCUCAGGUUUCUUGGUUUUAGUGUAUUGUUGAUGUUAAGUUGUGUGGUAGCCUCGGUCAGUCUUUUUACACUGCAUCUUGAUUUGAGCUUUUCAUCCACUUUCUACAAUAAACUUCAUUCUAACAUCAAA